AUGCAACGAGGCAUGCAUCGAGCACAGUAUCAGUCGUAUCUUGACCAAGACCGAGGCGAAGGUAGAAUGGAACCUGCUGACAAGGACGUGUCCAAACUAUUAAUAUCUGAUUCGGACGAAAGCUCUAGCGACGACGAGUCAGCAACGACAACGCGUCGCAAGAUCGCUGAAAAAGGUGUCUUCAACUCUAUAUGCAAAAAUAGUAUCAAUCAGGAAACGCAGUACUCAUCCGUUGAAUCGUUAUACAACGAAUGGAUGAACGUAGACAAAUGGACUGAAUAUCGCAGUAAUAUGGUUCUGUUUGGCGGUCGUUGGUACCGCGACGACAGUAAUGACCACGGCUGGAAUACGGGCGAAUAUUGA